AUGGACAAGAAAGAGGGCCACCAUCGGAAGUGUGGAUUCUGGGCGGACACAACGGGUACUGAACGGACUAUCACACCAUUUGAAACAGCAGCCAAUGUAGAAUUCUUCGUCAUUGCCGGGCUUGAGACCAUCGCUUCGGCACUUUCGUUCACCGCGCAUCUUUUGGCAAAGCAUCAUGACGUUCAAGAGAAAGUGAGGGCUGAAGUGAAAUCGCUCCUGGAAAAAGAUGGAAAUGUCAACUACGACAACAUCUCCAGGCUGCAGUACUUGAACCAAGUCAUUUCAGAAUCGCUAAGAGUAUAUCCUCCGAUUCCGGGCCAAGUCAACAGAAAAUGUGUGAAGGAUUUCGAAUUCAACGGCUUUCGCAUCCCAAAAGACACGCUAAUUCAGGUUCCCGUUCGACUGAUACACCAUGAUCCAAGAUACUGGGUCAACCCCGAAGAUUUCAAUCCUGACAGAUUCAGCCCGGAAAACAAGAAAACGAUUGAGUCACCGGCCUACAUACCUUUCGGCAUCGGACUUCGGAUCUGUCCAGCGGCGCGGUUCGCCGAAAUUGCACUCGCAUUAAUUUUGUCUAAGAUUGUGGCCAAGUUCAAGUUGCAUCUCAGCGACCAACCAGUCAAGAGAACCAUCAAGUAUGUUUCGCCAGCGACUCUUGCAUUCGCCGAUGGGGGAGCUUGGGUGUGGAUGGAGAAGAUAUGA